AUGGCAGGUUGGAAUCAUACAGGUGUGAAAGAAUUCCUUCUGGUAGGUUUAACUGAAAACCCUCAUUUGCAGAUUCCUCUCUUCUUGCUUUUCACCCUUAUUUAUUUUAUUACUCUGAUAGGUAAUUGGGGGAUGAUCAUCUUGAUCUGGUUAAAUGCCCAACUUCAUACUCCAAUGUAUUUCUUUCUUAGCAACCUCUCUUUUUGUGACAUUUGCUACUCGACUGUCUUUGCUCCUAAGAUGCUGGUAAAUUUCCUAUCAAAACACAAGUCUAGCACCUUUUAUGGCUGUCUUCUACAGAGUUUCUUCUUUGCUGUGUAUGCAGGCACAGAAGGAAUCCUCCUGGCUAUGAUGGCAUAUGACCGCUAUGUAGCAAUAGCCACCCCCUUGUUGUAUACAGUCAUUAUGACCCAAAAGGUCUGUAUUCAGAUGGUCCUUGCAUCUUACUCAGGUGGGGUCCUUAACUCACUGACACACACCAUAGGUCUGCUCAAACUAGACUUCUGUGGUCCCAACAUUGUGAAUCAUUAUUUCUGUGACAUUCCCCCCCUUCUGAAGCUCUCUUGCUCUGAUGUACAUAACAAUGAGAUGCUGCUUUUGAUAUUCUCUGGAGUCAUAGGAGUGUUCACUUUCAUUAUCAUCAUGGUCUCUUAUAUCUGUAUCAUUGUUGCUAUCCAGAGAAUUCGCUCAGCUCAGGGGAGGCGCAAAGCCUUUUCCACUUGUGUCUCCCACUUGACUGCUGUGACCUUAUUUUACGGGUCUGCAACUUUUAAUUACAUCCAGCCAAGCUCUCAGUAUUCCUUGGACCAGGAGAAGGUCUGUGCUGUGUUUUAUACUUUGGUGAUUCCCAUGCUAAACCCACUGAUUUAUAGCCUAAGGAAUAAAGAUGUGAAAGAUGCAGCAAAACGGUUAGUAUAUUGGAAAAGAAUUUAA